GUUUAUGAAGUCAAGAAGAAAGGAGAAGAGACCAAUGCUCUGUGACUUGAGAAAACACUUGGAUGUGAAGCGUCUCGUAUUGUCUUCUCUCACCUCUACUCUCCACUCUCUUAAGCUCUGAGAAUGAUGAAUGGGAACCGCGACUCAAAGGACGCGCCACCUCCUUACAACUCUGUUAUCGUGCACACCCUGCCCCCCCUCAAGCCCUAUGAGGAGGUAGUAUAUGGUGUUGGCCCAGGCCUGACGCCGCCCGCUCAGCCAUACUAUAUCCCCCGAUACCCAUCACCUGUGGUUGUGGCCCCAGUCACACAGCCUGCCUCCAGCAAUAAGAGGAAGAGAUGCUGUCAGAACAAUGCCCGGUGUUACGGAGGAUCAGGUGGUGUCAUACUCGUGCUCGCUCUGCUGGCACUAGCCAUCUGGAUUGGAGUUCGCUACGGCACCAGGCUGGCAACGGCGGCGAUCCUGCACGAUGAGGAUGAAUAUUACGUAGAUGACGAGCCAGAGAAGAAUCAUGACAUCUGCCCCAACAGUACUAUCUACUGUGAUGGGAUAGAAGACUGUGAACAAGGCUCAGACGAAACAACUUGCUUGAAGUUCAGUGAAGGCAACGGUCUGGAGAUCAAGACAAAUGAAGGUAGCGGCUUCCUCCCCGUGUGUUUCAAAGGCUGGAACCAGGCAUUUUCUGAGAAGACCUGCACUCAGCUCGGCUUCAGAACGUCCUUUCUUACCAAAGCAAAGACAACCGAGCUGACCAAGGGUGUAACAUUGACCGACACUGACGUGAACUCUCCUGUGCCUAUGCAGGGUCUGGUAAAAGUCAGUUCUUCCUGUCCAGACCGGAAGACCGUCUCCCUGCAGUGUGUGGACUGUGGUAAGCAGAAGUCUACAUCCCGAAUCAUUGGAGGCAGUGCAGCCAAGACUGGUCAGUGGCCUUGGCAGAUGACCCUCCACUUCAGAGGAUCCCACGUCUGCGGUGGGGUCCUGAUCUCUCCUGAUUAUGUACUGACUGCUGCCCACUGUUUCCCAAAAAGCGCCCCGUUCACACAGUCGGCGAGGUCCUGGACAGUGUAUGCUGGAGUGGUGUCUCUGAACAAUCUACCUCAGCCUUACCAGGUUCAGAAGAUUCUGCUCAGUGAGAAAUACAACAACAAGACUAACGACCACGAUGUAGCUCUGCUCAAACUCGAAACUUCGGUUUCUUUCACUGACAAUGUUGAGCCAAUUUGUUUGCCAAAUUCUGGACAGAAAUUUGUCCAGGGAACACAGUGCUGGACCUCUGGCUUUGGUGUCACUGAUGUAGGAAAAGGCACUAUCUCCAAGGACCUGAUGGAAGUGUCUGUGGACCUCAUUGGCAGACAAGUGUGUAACAGUCCCAGUGUGUACAGUGGCCGUGUGACGAACAACAUGAUCUGUGCUGGGCACCUGGAUGGAGGCAAAGAUUCCUGUCAGGGUGACAGCGGUGGACCACUGGUAUGUCAGUCAGAUAAUCUUUGGUACCUGGUGGGAAUCACGAGUUGGGGAAUUGGCUGUGGACAAGCAAACUACCCUGGUGUUUAUACCAAUGUCAAAAGUGUUCUUCCGUGGGUCUAUAGCAAGAUGCAGCAAGAGAGAUUGUGAUGUGGCUUAAUCUGCAGCGGUUUCUGUGCUUUAAACUCAACCCCCCCCCAUGCGCUGCUGACUCCAACACUGUGAAGUUGUCAAAGAUGAACGAGCUGACGAAGAGAUGCUACCGACAGACUGUAAAUCGCUCGUAAAUUUGAAAACAGGACUUCAGUCUUCUCCAUCAUCUACAGUGCAUUCACCCUCUGUCCACACAGCUGUUGUGUGAACUACUCUAUACUUAAUCCCCACUAAUCAAGCAAUAACUUUAAAGAUGUUUAUCCUUUUGUCCCUUGGGAUAUGAGUCAUACAGUAUGCCAAUGUUUACCUCCAGUACAUUUUAAUAAUGGUUGUGUUCUGUGUCAGUGAAACGGUCCAUUGCACUGUGAUCACAUUGGGUUUGAGAAUGAUGCUGUUUGAGGUAGAUUUACGAUUGUAGAGGUGUGUUGUUGCCUCAGGGACACAACUCAGGUGAAGACAAAUAAGGCAAAUAGGGCACUUUAUGUAUAUAGUCACUUUAUGAAGGAGGAAAGUGUGAGCAUGUGCACCAUAAGCACCUCAUAUAUAUAUAUAUAUAUAUAUAUAUGUAUAUAUACUCGCACUGUGAAAUGUCUCUGAAACCUCUUAUUCUCACAUUGUAUGUGAACGUGUACGUUCUCAUUGUGUGAUAUUUUUGUGGACUGGCCAUGUUGUCUCGCAGAUUUCUUUUUUUUAAACACUGUACAAAAUUAAAAAUAAAAAAUAUUUGAAAAUA